AAGUAAGUCGUCCCAUCCAAAUAUCCUUGUCUUAGAUUACUUUGUAACUCAAUGACUCAACUUCCGUCCGGAGCGGCAUCUGACAGCGGGAGUCGAAACCCAAGGCCAUCCCGAAGGCACGCCUGUGACCGAUGCCGCAGUCAGAAGCUCUGCUGUGAUCGGACAGCCCACUGCAUGAAUACAUCAGUCGCUUGCGAUUGCUGCGCUCGAAACCAUUCCACUUGUGUUACCAGCGCUCCCAUGCCCAUGGGUCGUCUGCGCUCCUCAAAUCCCAAGGCUCGUUACCGUCGGAAAAGCAACAAGAUGUCCGAUGAAUUGGGAUCCACGACCCCACCAUCCUGUUCCACCAUCCAGCCACCACCUGACCUCGCCAUGGCCAGAAUGGAAAUGGACGCGGUCAAUGAUCUGCCAGAACUCUAUUUCACUGAGGGAGAUUUAGGCUAUAACCUUGAUUUUUCCAACAUGAAUGUAUUCGACACCUCUGCUUUCGCUGAUAUGGUUAUGAGCUCACAGCCUGAAGCAGUCAGCCCUACUAACUCUGCAGCUGUCAACCCUCAGGAGUAGAAUAUUAAGUACUUAUGGAAGCUUUAC